AUGCACUCCUUUAUGCCGGACUGGAAGUUCGUUAACGAGGCUGCAGAACAAAUCCUGCACGAGGGAUUCAAUGGGGAUCUAUAUCAGCGACUAGGAGGAGCUUUUAUUGCUUCAGAGGCCCAACCCAUAGCACAGGGUCAAGCGUCCGUCGCCUUUCGCUUUAUCAACAAGCACCACUUGGCAUUAAAUUUCAGCACAACACCCUCUCUUGCACGGCUUAUCAUUGCGAUCUUGGAUGGCUCAUGGACACCGGAGCGUGGUGAGAGGAACGAGACCGGAUUUUUGGUGCUUUGGAGGAACCAGGAAAACACCAUCACACAUCCCAUUCCACCUUCAAGCUUUCUUCUUCGCUACAUCUCAGCACUAUUGCACAUCAACAUAUUCCUGUUUGACACCGCCGCCCGCCCCAUUGUCAUCACCCAUCCCUAUCCAAAAGGAGUUGUCGGUAUUCUUCAUGAUGCAUCGUCAAUUCUGGGAUACUCGGACUACAAUGUACUCGGACCAACUCGUACGGAACAGGACGAUCUUUUCAUUGAUCUACGGCCACCAACACCCCCGUCUCUACCACUUCCACCAGGACCUGCCGCGACAUUCCGAACCGCCAAACGACCGCGCCAGCAGAGAGAAGGAUGCGAGAUCGACAGGGUCGCACUAGAGACCAUCUACAAGGAGGAAUGUGAGACCCGAGUCAAGAAGGAGGCGGCCGAUCAGUGCCGCACGGCGAAGAAGCGUGCAAAGAAGGAGGCAGAUCCGAGGGAAGCAUUGGAGAAGGCACAUAUUGAUGCAAAGCAAGCGGAAGAGAAACGUGUAAGAACGCCUCGGGGAGUCAUGAAUGAAACUGCUCGACGCGUUCGCCAACACUGCGGCAUCAACGACGAAGAGGACUUUACCAACCAUCACGCAUCGAUGAUGAUUACCCACACUAUUGGAGAACCUCAGACCGUUACUGGACGAGCUCUAGCGACAUAUAAGGCGGCCUUAUCAAGACACUUUGACAUGGCAUGGAUCGAGGAACAGGACCACAUAUCUGAUCCUACCGUUGCUUCAGCAAACUCAACAACUAUCGCCCCAACCCCAUCGGACAUCGACGCCCAGGAUGACAACAGCAUUCGCACUAUUACCCUACCUCUUGCGAAGCUGCUCAGGACGGAUCUCCCCACGAAGGAUCAAGAUUACAUCACCAAGAGGCUAAACGACGUACAGGGUGAGGUGUCUGACUUUAUGGAAUCCGUUGCCAUGGGAGCGUACAAGACAACACUAUGGAUCUGUCGCGGUGGCAUCCAAGGAAGCAUACAGCUUAACCUAGCUGACAUAUUCCCGCCAUCCUUUGAUAUCAGGGACGACUACUUCAAGGAGAACCCGAUCGUGGAAGCGGGAGUCAUUACUCCGGAGUGGCAACAGAUUGUAUCCGAUGCUACGGAGUUGAAGCCCCGAGUGAAGGAUCCGGCAACCUUGCUAUCCCAGGAUUAUUUGCAGUACCUUGGAGUUCGGAUUCCAGAAUUGAGACGUGCGAGGAAGACCCCCAAGACUACCACCCACCCCUUGUGGGAUACAGUGCUUGAAAGCAUCUAUAGCGGGAAGCUGGUACCACAAGCCUGGGAUGAUUCAAGGCAUCCUGACUCACCCUCAUCCAACCCCUUCAAGAUCAUUCCAAGCUUGUCUCAAGCCUCUGGUUCCGGCGCUGUGGAUGAUGCCUAUGCUGCUGCUGAUGCCAAUGUCGAGGUCGGAUACCAGUCAGAGGACUCAUCGAAGGAAAGCCUGGGGGGCUUGACGGCCACACUCAUGCGAGAGUACGCUACGAACAUCAAGAUGAUAUGGUCUGGAGACAUUUACGAGAGGUUGAGACGGUACGUGGUGCACAAUGUUCUCCGACUCAAUCUACGACCCCAGAGCGAGGAGAAACACCGCAUCCAAAAGCGGAAGCGUGCUAUCAAGAAGGCCGAGGAGAUGAAGGAGGCGUCGGCAUCGGCAAGCCAAAAGCGUCGAGAGUCCCUGAGGAACUGGAAAAGGCGAAACCAGGACCUAUUCAAUCAACUUGAUCACGCAUUUGAUACUAGUCGAGACGAGGAGCGCAUCAACAAGAUUUUCGGGCUCAUUGACAUCCAUCAAGAGCGGCGGCCAGGAGUCAAGGAGCAGAACAAGUCACGUGGACUCACCCAAAGCGACGACUACGAGACGGACUCGGAGUUUGACGGCUCAGACGACUCAGACGACGAUAUGGAUACUGAGUUGGUUGUUUCGGGCUCGAGCAAGAGCAGCGAUGAUGUUUUAAUGCCUUGCACUCACACAGCAGAUCAAGAUUGCGAGAUGGGGGUCAUGGAGGAGCAGUCAGAUGCCGGUCGCUCUAUUAAUGCAGAGGCUCAGAGCAGUGGUCCGUCUGAAUCUGUGGCACGCUCCUCAACAGGACCAAAGGAGCCGACAUCAAAGAAGCUCCGAGUGACAUUACUGAGACCGUUUACCCCUAAGAAGGCCCACUCAGGACCCCAGUCAACUUCCUAUCCAAAGAGCGUCUUGACUUUGGGGCCGUUUGUGUAUAUUGCAAAUGCAAUCUUGAGAUCGGCGGGAUACAAGGAUUUCACCCGUAGGAUUUGCCCAGUUCCUGCUGUUGGGAAUCGGCAUGCUGUGCCGUUGGACGCGUCAGGGGUGUAUGACAUAUUUGGCGGGCGAGCACCAGGACGCUUCGAUAUCAAGGGCCCAAGUGGUCGAGUAAUCACCACGUCGACCGUCGCGAGACUGUCUACCGAUCAUCGCAAAUAUGUUUUCGGUGGACUUUUCAAUAUGGCCAUCAUCGACGAUGCCUGCACGAAACAUGGACUUGAGUUCGCACAAAGAAUGACGUACGUCGACUUUUACACAGUACGCAUCACGGGACGACGGGCGAUAACGGGACCAAACCGCCACUUCACCAACAGUGCGUACGAAGACAAGAAGAAGAAGCAUGUUAAGCCAUCAGGUGUAAUCAACUGGACGUCGGAACUACUGGAAACCGGGCACACCCCUCAAUCUGCAGCCAAAGCGUCGGAGGAGAUCAAGAUUGUUCAGGAUCGUUUGGUCACAGAGCUACAACCCCUCAAGAAGGGCCUCAAGGCAGCCACGACGGUCAGGAGAGAAAAGGACCGCACCCUUCGUCACUAUGAAGGACACGACCAGAGACACAAAAAGGGAAUCUACCAGAACCUACAGGAGGCACGAAAAGUCGUCAACAACCUGACGAAGAAGAUCGUUCCUCUCGAGGCUGAGAUCCGGGAAAAGAAGCAGCAACGCUACUAUUACAACAGGUUGUCCAAGGCGACCGCCCCCCCAACAGCACUAUCAGAAGACCCUUCUCCCCUGCCCAUCACGACUGUCACAGAGUCUGUCCCAACUGUUCAACAUCCUGGGAUGCAAGACUUUGUUCAGACAACCUCCAUCAAGCAGCUACUGUUAGAAAUUGAAGACAAGGACCGACAACUACCUGUACCAGGCACUGACAGAGGAUUGGUGACUAUGUCUGAGACUGUCCCCUCCUUGUGGUCAACUCUGGAAUCUUUAUCAAACCGAUACUAUAUUCUCCAUGGUCAUCCCGAUACUCACCACACCGGCAACGACGACGGGGCUUCAGAGCCGCCCACCUCUCACGCUGAUGCUGUGGACAUGGACAUUGAUGGCACGGACACCCAGCCCUCUCUGCAUUCAGAAUCGAAAGCGUCAUCUCUUCCAGAACGGACUCGGAACGCCAUAACGAUAACUGGCUCUUUAUCCCGGAAGGCAACGAUCGAGGACAUGCGUUUUGCCAAGUCCAACCGCAUCACCGCAAAACAGGUCAAAGAAGUCGGUGGAGUAGGUAGGGCGACUCGAACAAGGGAGCGUUUGCUUCGACAGCCGGAAAAUCAGAGGAUUUCGGAGCUUCACAAGGAGAUAGGAGAAAACUCCGUUUUGAAGGCGCAGACUAUCAGUGAAGUUGACUCUGCACAGGUGACCCGACGAUCAGCUACACAACCCCUUCGCAACUUCGAGGGCAGCAAAAGCUUAGUGAAACAAACCCACCACAAGGAUCUUCAACUGCAGCGAGCAUGGCAGACGAUCGCAGCCGACGAACGACGGAAAAUGCAGGAUUUUUCCAGAGGAACAGGACAGACCCAACCAGCAUCAGUCAACACAGUCGACUCUAUCGAUGGGUGUUGCAAGUGUGGUAGACACCACCUCCCAAUCCGCGUUGGAAGGGCACUCACCUAUCCACAGGAAUGCCCCAGAGAUGCGUUGCCCAUCAUCCCUAUCAUGUUCGUCGGGACGGCAGGAAUCGGAACCGGGAGUCGCAUUGGCGGUCAUCUAAAGUACGGCGGAAAAAAGGUCGUUGAGCAACAUGCCCUCUCCGUCCCUGUACUGAUGACCGAUGAAAACAUGACAAGCAAAGUCUGUCCGUUUUGUUUUGCGAUUCUACGCCUCGUCAAGGAACUGAGACUUGUCAACGGAGUCGAGAAGCUGGUCACAAUCAAUGGUGCGGUUCAGUGCGAAAACCCCAACUGUGAGAGUGUCCGCGCCGGUUAUGCACGUCGAGGCAGGGACAGCAAUGCAUGUGUCAACAUUGCACUUGCGGGAUUCACGACAAUCAUGAGCGACAACAGACAGCCACUUCCUCCCUACAGGAGAUCAACGCGUCCAGAGGGCGCCACCCCUUCAGAACCCCAGUCUCUCGCUACUGGAACACAACAAAACAUCGAGCACUUCGACAACGGACCCAUUGACAACAAUGGCUUCCCGCGACGCUGCUGA